AUGUGUAACAGACUCGCCUUUACAGACAUCAUGGCAGAAACAGAAGGCAGUUCUACGUCGCACAACGGGAUCUCUGGGGAGGAAGAGGCCGGCGGAGAUCAACACAAAGAUGAAGGCAAACACAGUGACAAUGGAGAGGCAUCUGGUGAUAGGAAUGUACUGGAAAGUGAGCUGAAGGAGGAGGAAGAUGAAGAGGAAGACACAGACAGCAUGGAUGGCAGUGGCCUCUUCUCCUUGACGGAGGACGGCGAUCGAGAGAGCGAGGGAGGCGGUCAAGAAAGAGGGAAGGAUGGUGGGAGAAGGGCAGCACGGAAGAGGAACAGACCAUGUGGUGGUGGCACCGGUAACAACAGGUCCUCCAGCUCGGACGAGGAGCUAAAAGAUGAGGAUGAGGACGACAAAGACGAUGAAGACGACGAUGAGACAAUGGAGGCGUGGCUGGGUGCUGAACUCCAGGAUCUCCGCGGGCCAGCGUGGCGUGCAAUUCCCUCACUGCGCUGCCGGGAGCUCGGAAAGGACUUACAGCAGUUCGUGAGGCGGGUGUGCGGCUCCCGCUGCCUGGUGCAGAGGCUGGAGCUGCAGGGCCGACUGGAGAGUCACUCAGGCUGUGUCAACACACUGCACUUUAACCCGUCUGGCACACGUCUGGCGUCCGGUAGCGAUGAUCUGCGUGUUAUCAUCUGGAACUGGGCCAACUGCCGUCCAGAGCUGGAGUUUGACAGUGGGCACAAGAACAAUGUCUUUCAGGCCAAGUUCCUACCUCACAGUGGCGAUUCUACCCUAGCAAUGUGUGCCCGGGACGGUCAGAUCCGAGUGGCUGAGCUUUCCGCCACCCAAUGCUGCAAGAACACCAAGCGGGUGGCACAGCACAAAGGGGCUGCACACAAGUUAGCCCUAGAGCCUGACUCGCCGUGCUCAUUCCUGUCAGCGGGGGAGGACGCCAUGGUAUUUGGAAUCGAUCUCCGACUCGACCGUCCAGCCAACAAGCUAGUGGUGGUGAAGGAGGGUGACAAAAAAGUGGGCCUCUACACCAUCUAUGUUAACCCAGCUAAGACGCAACACUUUGCGGUCGGUGGGAAGGAUCAAUACGUCAGGAUUUACGACCAGAGAAAGAUAAACGAGAACGACAACAACGGCGUGCUGAAAAAGUUUUGCCCCUCGCAUCUGGUGUCCAGCGAGUCUAAAACCAACAUCACCUGCCUGGUGUACAGCCACAACGGCACAGAGCUGUUAGCCAGUUACAAUGAUGAAGACAUCUACCUGUUUGACGCCAACCACAGCGACGGCGCUGACUACUGCAGGAGAUAUAAAGGACACCGCAACAAUGCAACAGUAAAGGGCGUGAACUUCUACGGGCCUUGCAGCGAGUUUGUGGUGAGCGGCAGCGACUGCGGACACAUCUACCUUUGGGACAAAGACUCGGCCCGCAUCGUCCAGUUCAUGGAGGGUGACAAAGGCGGAGUGGUAAACUGCUUGGAGCCACAUCCCCACCUGCCCUGCAUGGCUACCAGUGGUCUAGAUCAUGACAUCAAGCUGUGGGCCCCCACUGCCGAGGCGCCCACUGGACUUAAAGGCCUCAAAGAGGUGAUGAAGAAGAACAAGCGGGAGCGAGACGAGGACAGCUUGCGACAUGGUAACCAUAACACCACCCAGCUGCUGUGGUUCCUAAUGAGACAAAUGAGGAACCGACGGCCGCCGGGGACCCGACGCGAAGGGGCUGACGCAGACACCGAUGAGUCCUGGAGUUCGCCAGACACAUCCGACGAAGAAGAGGGGGGUCCGGACCAUGUCCAGUGCAUGUCCUCUUGA